AGAGCGAAGAUGGCUGUUCGUGUUUAAUGUUUUGACUUGACAUACUGCCUAUCUAUGCAAAAUCGCGUGUAUUAGAAAGGACCUAUGAAUAUAAUUGUCUCUUGAGAGCACCCCCGAAACGUUCAUGGUGAGAUUAAAACCCGGAUAAGCCUUCCUUUGCCAGGCCAUGGGUGCCCAGCAGGGCAAAGAAAAUCGAGGAAGCAGUUCAUCUGUUGGUAGUGGCAGUCAUGGGGGUAAACCAGCUAAACAUAAAUCUAAAUCUAAGGAUACCAGAAUAUCUACUGGUGCUGGGAAUAUAUUCAUCGAACACAACGAGGCCCUUCUGCAGAGCAGGCCGCUUCCCGAGAUCCCGGGCCUGCUGGACGAAUCUAGUGGUAGUCUUCCGCUGAGCGUAGAAACUGCAUCACGAUGGAUGUCCAAAGAGAAUCUCUUGCUCCAGGAGGAUGCGGACCCGCAAGUUUUUGUCGCUUUGUACGAUUUUCAGUCGGGAGGAGACAAUCAGCUUUCUCUCAAAAAAGGUGAACAAGUAAGAGUGCUGUCUUACAACAGGACAGGGGAAUGGUGUGAGGCACAGUCAAGGAAUUGCCAAGUUGGCUGGGUUCCCAGCAAUUAUAUCACUCCAGUAAACAGCUUGGAGAAGCAUUCCUGGUACCAUGGCCCCAUCUCUCGUAAUGCAGCUGAGUACUUGUUGAGCAGUGGCAUCAAUGGCAGCUUUUUGGUCAGAGAGAGUGAGAGCAGUCCCGGCCAAAGAUCCAUCUCCUUGCGAUACGAAGGCAGAGUGUAUCACUACCGUAUCAGUGAAGACACAGACAGCAAAGUUUUUGUAACAUCUGAAUGCCGUUUCAACACCCUGGCAGAACUUGUUCAUCAUCAUUCAAUGCAUGCUGAUGGAUUAAUAACUUUGCUUCUGUAUCCAGCGCCAAAAAGAAACAAACCAACCGUUUUUGCACUCAGUCCUGAACCUGAUGAAUGGGAAAUAGAUCGCACGGAUAUUGUGAUGAAGCAUAAGCUAGGUGGUGGGCAGUAUGGAGAUGUCUAUGAAGCAAUAUGGAAAAGAUACAACGUUACAGUUGCUGUCAAAACAUUAAAAGAAGAUACUAUGGCUUUGAAAGAUUUUUUAGAAGAAGCAGCUAUAAUGAAAGAAAUGAAGCAUCCAAAUUUAGUUCAAUUGUUAGGUGUUUGCACUAGAGAACCACCCUUUUACAUUAUUACAGAGUUUAUGCCUUGUGGAAAUUUAUUAGAUUAUUUAAGGAAUGCCAAUAGAGAAGAAAUAAAUGCAGUUGUUCUCAUGUAUAUGGCUACACAAAUUGCAUCAGCUAUGUCAUAUCUUGAAUCUCACAGCUUUAUACAUAGAGAUUUAGCUGCUAGAAAUUGCUUAGUUGGAGAGAAUCAUCUGGUGAAAGUGGCUGAUUUUGGAUUGGCGAGGCUUAUGAGGGAUGAUACUUAUACAGCUCAUGCAGGUGCCAAGUUUCCCAUCAAAUGGACAGCUCCCGAAGGCUUAGCAUAUAACAAGUUUUCUACAAAAUCUGAUGUGUGGGCUUUUGGCAUUUUAUUGUGGGAAAUUGCAACAUAUGGAAUGUCGCCAUAUCCUGGAGUUGAUCUGACUGAUGUUUAUCAUAUGUUAGAAUCUGGUUAUCGAAUGGAAUGCCCACCUGGAUGCCCACCAAGAGUAUAUGAAUUAAUGCGACAGUGUUGGCACUGGGAGCCAUCUGAGAGGCCAACAUUUAAAGACAUUCACUUGACAUUAGAAACAAUGUUUCAAAAUUCAAGCAUUACUGAAGAGGUUGAAAAGCAGCUGGAACAACAGGCUCCCCCAUCAACUUUUAAAAAACAUGGUGGAAGUAACAGCAAUAUUCAAUCAUUAGCUGCAGAAGAACCUGAUCAAGGUACCCGUGCUAGUAGUCAACCAAAGCAGUCUGCUCCAGUUGCAAAAUCAACCAUUGUUCAGCUAAGGCGCUCGGGACCCCGCAGCAAAACAGCUCCAGUUCCUCCAAAGAGAACAAGUUCCUUUCGUGAUAGUACUUACCAAGAUAAACCUGGAGGGGAAGAUGGAUCCGAAGGCUCUAAAGAAGCCGUCAAUGGUCUUGAGAAGGUGUUUGAAAACAUCAACAAGGAGCUUCAAGAUCUAAACAGCAGUGCUGGUGAAACCGAGAGUGAUGUUCAAGAGCGAACACCAGACACGGAAGAUUCAGAGAGCCACACUGCGACGUCUGCACUCAGUGUUCCGAAUACCGUGCAGCACCAAUCUCAACAGAAAUUGAAAAAGACUAGAACUUAUCCUCCUAACAUUCAACAACGAAUGAAAGAUAAUGCACAAGCAAAUAACAAAGCACAACCAAAGAAAGUUCAGAUUGCUGCACUAGAAGUGCAGAAUGUGAAAAGAGCAAUAAACCGUUACGGCACUCUUCCAAAAGGAGCUAGAAUAGGUGCAUAUUUAGAAUCUCUUCGACAGCAUGGCCUCCAUGCCGGUUCCCAACCGGAACCAGUAUUGGAAUCGGAAUUGGAUGUGUUGAAAGAGGUAAGCUCGGAUAUGUAUUCACAUACAAUAGAAACUGGAAACAGACAAACAAACUGUAUAGCGAAUAUUUCAGAAGUAAAUAACUCCCAUCUUACUAGCCUGAGGCCUGGUGUAGAUGUAUCUAGAUAUUUUUCCCACAAUGUUCUUCAGCGUCAAAAGUCUGACUUGACUCAUACCAAAUCUAGUGAGGUUUUUGAGACUGGUUCCAUUCCUGAAACUCAUCAUUUAGCUGUUAAACCUGUUCCUUCUCCUCGGUUGCCAAGAAAUAAAAAAAAUGAUCGUUAUAUACUCAAAACGGGUAAAUCGGAAGACAGCGCUAAAAGUGCAAAGGAGCUUAGAGAUGCUGCAGGAGAAAGUGCUGCACUCUUUGGAGUUAAUUUGAAGCACAGAGACUCUGUUGAGGAUGACAGAAUAGUUUCUAAUCAAUCACCACCACCAUUCGGUUGUGGCCUGGUGAGGCGAACUCUAAAAAAGCGUCCAAAAGACAGACCUCCAAGUCCUCCUAAACAUAAUUUAGUGAAAAGUGGCUCAAUGGAUGAACAAUUAGGUCGCAAUAACGAAAAAUCUCCCUUAUCAAAUUCCAUUUCAGAUCAUGUUCAGAGUCCAUCUGCCUCUUCUUUAGGUUCAAAUGCAAAUAGUCCUCCACAAAUGAAAGACUCUAAACUAGUAAAUGAUUUUCCUCCUCCGCCACCAGGAGACAUGCUAAUAAAUGACAUGAGACCGGCAAAUGAAAAUGUUCAAAAUGAUUUUAGACAGAAUUUAAAACCAGUGUCUAAUUCUAGGCAUAAAACAGCUCCAGCUCCACCAGCAAACCCUGCUGCUCAACUUGUAUCUGAACUAUUUGAAAGUCUAAAAAUGAAAGCUCGCAAGAGAGCUGUAGAAAUGGGUUCAACAUCUGCCCAAACUUCUGAUGCAGCCCAGCAAAAUAAUGAUGCUGCUUCAACUAAAAUAUCUCCCAUCGAUCAACCUCUAAAAGUCGAAACAAAUAGUAAAGAAAAAGUGAGAAAUGAAAACGCAAUGAAUGAAAAAAUAGAAAAUAUCAGUAUUACUUACAAUCAUGUUGCAGAAAGCUGCAAUGAGGUAGAUAAAAAACGUAGUGUGUAUUCAAAACCUGUCAUGGAUAGGAUGUGUGCCUCCCUUGAAGAAGAUAAGCUGAAAGACCAUAUUACUACACCUGUUCAAAGAACUAGCGUUUUAUCGGAUGGUGAAAUCCGACACGAAACUACUGAAAUAGUUAAUCCUGAAAAGGUAAGUAUAGUCGAUAUUGAUGAUGAAAACAAAAGGCAUAGUUCUGGUAGCAUAAGUAGUUUGAAAAAGCUUUGGGAAAAAGAGACAGGGGGCCAUAGUUAUGAAAAAUCUAUUGACUGUGUAAAAAAAGUAGCGCCUAAAAUUAUGACUCAGCAACUUGAGUCAAGAAUGAAAAGAAGUUUCGAGAUGCCCGAUAAUGCUGAGCAAAAGAUAAGCAGCACGCAAUCUGAUUCUGGUGACACUGAAAAAAGUUCUAGGAACAAUCUAUUAUCUUGGAAAAGUUCACCUCCUUUACAAAUAAAGUUCACAAAUCAAAAAGACUCAAAUGUAAAUGAAAGUAAAAAAGAGGAACCUAAGCCAACAGAAAACAAUCUGCAUUCAACAAAAUCUGAACUUCAAGAAAAUACAAAUGAAUCAAUAAUACCUUUAAGCAAUAUUUCCAAACCUCAAGUGCCACAGAAGCCUCCAGUUAAAAGUGGUCGCCCUGUGGCACCACUAACAUCUGUGUCAAAACCUUCAAAACCUGUUCUAAAACCUCAACUUUUUCCUAGGGGUGGUGUAAAGGGGCUUGAUAGUCCAACUUCUCAAUCUUCUUUAGACCAGUCUGCUAAAGAUAAAACUAUCGAAAGAAACGAAAAUGAUGGCGACUCUAAGUCGGAACUCGCUAACACCAAAGCUUCAAUAGUAGAAAUUUCAAGUGCACUAGAAAACAAUAUUAUAGGACUUAGAAAUGCUCCUAAUAUAAGCAGUAUGAGUAUUAUCCAGCUAACUGAUAAGGUGCAACUUUUUCGCACUUCUUGUUCCGGGUAUGCAGAGUACAUCCCUCCGCAUGGACGCUUUCGUUUCCGAGAACUUUUGUCGCGCCUCGAAAACCAAGGAGAACAGCUACGAACUUGCAAUAGUAAUAAUAGUAGUGACAAUUCAAAAUUACUCUCUGAUUUACAAAAUACAGUGCGUGAUCUUGUUAAUGUUGUACAGCGGUGA